ACUUCACAGACGCCGAAAAGAUUUUUGUAAAUUUUAUGGAGUGAUUUCUUCUUACAUCCAAUCCCUAAUUGGCUGAAGCAACGUUCAACUGACACUGCUCAGAUCUUCGGCUGAGCAGCAACUCAUUAACAGGUAAUACUAAUAUCUAUAAAGAAGACUCAAAUUGCAAAAUUCUCAUGGCAUUAAGCCUUUUGCCCAUUGUCUCCACCGCAGUGUUUCAUCGGCCCCUGCCCAUAGUGAGUGCUUUUUGUGUGCUUAGAUUUUGCGUUCACAAUCUCAACCCUUUUAUCACCCUUCCUCACAAAACGGGUUGUGCUCAGUCCCUCUCCUUUGUUCCUCCUUUACGGUCAAAGUUCUGCGCACACGCAGAGACUAAUAAAGCUGAACAAAUAAGAAUGGAAACAAGCAAGACUACUGUGCCCAGCAUUGUUGUCUAUGUAACAGUUCCAAAUAAAGAAGCAGGGAAAAAACUGGCAGAAAGCAUAGUUAAAGAGCGGCUUGCUGCAUGUGUUAACCGAAUACCAGGUGUUGAAUCUGUUUAUGAGUGGAAGGGCAAGAUAGAAACUGAUUCUGAAGAGCUGCUCAUUAUCAAGACCAGGGAAUCUCUUCUGGAAGCUUUGACUGCACAUGUGAAAGCUAAUCAUGAGUACGACGUACCUGAAGUGAUUGCCAUGCCGAUAACUGGAGGCAACCAGCAAUACUUGGAGUGGCUUAAGAACAGCACAAAGGACUGAAAUGGUAACGCAACCGGAUCCGAUAUAUAUAUAUAUAUAUACAGUGCUCUAUAGCACACAUUUAUCUUUUAUUUAGAUCUGUAUGAUGGUUUCCUUGAUAGGGAAGAUUUUUGCAAUCUUCUUUGUCAAAAGGAUGGUUCAAUCAUGAAUGAGCUUUGUAAAGAAAAGAGGGAUGCUGCAAAUUUGGUAGUGAUCCAUAAAGUAUGAAUGUGUGUGAGAUCAAACUCAAUUUAA